AUGCCUAGUCCAGUUAUCUUUAUAGAUAAUCCAAUUGAAAAAGAUUACUCUCCGCUCAUUGAGAAAGUGUUGACGAUAGUAAAUGGUGUCGAUCGAUUAGAUAUCGUGAUACGACAAGAGAUUACCAAUGUCACCCACUUGAAUGAAAUCCUUUAUUACUAUUACAACUUGGUUAGAACUGCAAUUGAUGGAUUGCCCUUGUUUGACUAUACCUUUUCAAUAAACAUUAUAUUCAACAUCUCCCAUUCAAAGUUGCUCAAAUUAUCGUCGAAUUGGAAUCACGCCUUUAUUGCCCAACAAGAACAGACGAUAUUCAAGAAUAUCCCUCUUGUACACUCUCCUAUCGAUAUUGAACUUACUGCUUCAAACUAUCCAUCUGAGUGCAAAAAGCGCAUGAAACAGUUUCACACAACAGCUGUGGGUGGCACAUUUGAUCAUUUACAUGAUGGCCACAAGAUUCUUUUAUCAAUGGCUUACUUCCUCACUUCCAAACGAUUGAUUAUUGGAAUCACCGGUCUGGAAUUACUCAAGAAUAAGAAAUUCAGUGAAGUUCUUGAACCAUUUCAUCAACGACAGAAUUCUGUUGUCCAGUUUCUCGAUUUAAUUAUGGAUGAAAUUGUUCAUUAUGAGAUUUAUCAAAUUAACGACAUUUGUGGUCCUACGGGGUACAUUGAAGCCAUUGAUGGGUUAGUAAUUAGUCAUGAAACGUUAUCAGGUGGUGAAUUUGUCAAUAAUUAUCGACGCGAGCAUGGAUUCAAAGAGUUGGAUUUAACGGCCAUUAAAGUUAUUGGUGAUGCUGAAUCAAAUGCUGAAAACAAAUGGAAGGGUAAAAUCAGCUCAACUGAUAUUCGACAAAGAGAAUUGGAAAGACGUGAGAAGCGUAGUCAGAACUGA